ACGCGGCCUUUGAGGGCUGUCGGUGUUCGACGAGAAGCUCGUCUGUAUCGGGUGGUGAUGGGAGUUUCUGCUGCUUCGCGGAUCGGUGCCCUCACAGAUUAGCAAAACUAUCUGAAGGUCAGCUGAUUGAUGGAAGAUUGGAAUGCCUAUACCAUGGGUGGCAGUUUGGAGAUGACGGUAAAUGCCUAAAGAUACCUCAGCUUCCAGAGGGGGCCAAAAUUCCUCUCUCUUCUUGUGCGAAAACAUAUAAAGUAAGGGACUCUCAAGGAGUCGUAUGGGUUUGGAUGUCAAAUGAAACUCCACCAUGCAGCGAAAAACUCCCUUAUUUUGAGCACUACUCAAGGCCAGACCUCCAAGCAAUCUCAACAAUCCACGAGUUGCCAUAUGACCACUCUAUACUUCUUGAGAACUUUAUGGAUCCUGCCCACGUCCCAAUUUCUCAUGAUCGUAGUGAUUUUUACUCUAAAAGAGAGGAUGCUCAACCUCUUGUCUUUGAAACCAUUGAGCGUUCCUCUCGAGGAUUUGCUGGAAAAUGGAGCAAAUCAAGAAACCCCACCUUCAUUAAUUUUCUACGGUUUGAAGCCCCUUGUGCUCUCCAAAACAAUCACGAAUACAUUGAUAAAACCGGUAGGAAACAGUACGUUUCGUCUCUUUUUCUCUGUAGGCCUAUUGGCCAAGGGAAAUCUAUGGUGAUCACAAGAUUCGGAACUACUUUAAAAUCCCCAGUCAUGAAAUUUCUCCCUAAAUGGUUCUUCCAUCAAAACAUAUGCAAAGUCCUGGAACAAGACAUGGGAUUCCUUUCAUCUCAAAAUGAAAUCCUAAUGAAGGAAAUGACUCCUGUUGGUAAAAUGUAUAUUAAUCUUGGGUCAUGUGACACUUGGGUCUUGGAGUAUCGAAAGUGGAAGGAUAGAGUAGGGCAUGGGAUGCCAUACUAUUUUGGGCACAGUUCAAUCUCAUUGCCAAAUGAGCCAGCUCUUGUUGAGCAAUACAGAGCUGGACUUGACGCGGGGAUUUCAGCCUCUAUGCCUGCAAAAGGGGGGAUCGCGGAUAUUUAUGCCUCGAAUCCAAUAAACCGAUAUUCCAGACACGUAGUUCAUUGUAAAAAGUGUAGAGAUUCUGUGAAGGGUUUUGGAUUUUGGAGGAAUACCCUUGUUGGCUUGGCUGUUUUAGCUGUGGCUUUGGCUGUUUUGGCGUCGAGAACUCAGUGGAAGGUCUUGUUCUUGGUUUCUGCUGCUUUGUUCUUGGGCGGGCAGUAUGUAUGCUACUCUGCACUAAAUCUAGUGACGACAAACUUUAUUAGGAGUCACAGGAGGUUGUAGAAGGGAUUGAGAAGCGCGGUAAAAUGUGUGAAGAUGAUUUUGAUAUGUUGCUGAUUCUUUUUUAUGUAAACAUGUGUAAAUUGGAUUGCUCUUUUGAUGUAUACCAAGCGUGUAGUUCGAUUUCAGACCGAAUUGUCUUCGAUUCUUUGUUUUGAUUGUUUCUAGUUUCUCGGAUUUGUAUCGAAAUUUUUUUUUAUUUGUUUCA